AAUACUCCUCUCUCCCCACUGCUUUUACCUCUGUUUUCUCCCCUUCAUUUCCUCUGCUGCUGCCUCCAUCUCUCUUUCUGCAUUCUUUGCUCAUACCAUUAGCGGAUUGGCAUCCAAACUCGGGUAGAUUUCAUCGCCUUACCCCCUCAUUCUUCGUUGGCAUCGCUCCUCUCUUGCGGAUCGGAGCACCCAAGUUUUGAUUUUUCCCUUGUGAUUCUUCUCCGAAAACCCUCGUUUGAUCUCACCUUGCUUUUCUUUUCCAUUUUCUAGGCGGUAUUUUUUUUUCGUUUUCUUUCACCUCGUUGCUUAGUAAUUUUUCGAGCGGAUUCGGUUUUCUUGGAUUAGAUUAGAAAGCUAAUUUUUUUACUCCUUGUUCUUAUAUGUCCAUUAUAUAUAAAGAUAAGGUUGGUGUGGUAUUCUAAUUUUGAUUGCAAUAUCUGAAGUUGUGUGUUCAUAUUCUUGCAUCUUUUUCCCCAGUUGUUUUAGAUUUGGAUGCAUUUUGUUGUUAAUUCUUUUGAUCUUGUCAUAUUUCUUGAUUUUUGCGGUGUUUUUGGUGCGUUUCUUUAAAGAAUUGGGAUCAGGACAAGGAGGACUAGCUUUCGAUUUUGAGGUGCUGAGUGUAUGAUAGGAGUUGAUUCUGAAUGGAUUCUACUGCUGGUUAACUAUAACUAAAAUUUAUGGCCUUUGAUUUUGGGGUGAUGUUCUGGGGGGAGAACAAGAAUUAUGUCAUCAGAUUGGAUCAUAGUGCCUGCACAUUGAUUUGGAAGAGCUAUACUAAGAGCAGCAACUGUGGAAUGGCAUUCAGAACAUCCCCAAGAAAACAGAAAACGUCCUCGGGAUUUGCACCUGUGCUUUUUGAAUCUUUGCCAUCUUUUAUACCUUUGUCUAUCAAGAUCCCUAUGGAUGAUGGUUACCAUGAAUCCUUUUCUCUAUAUUGCUGUUUUUUAUAACAUUAUUGAUUUCUAUACAAGGUGCUCAAGGAUUUGAUUGAGCCAGGAAGGAAAUUUAUAACAUUCUCAAAAUGCCCAGUUUAGGAAUUCAUGGCCUUCUUGGUGGUAGAAAAAGAUUUGUUGAUUUGGAGGUGCAACCACACGUUCCAGUUCAAACUAAUCUGGCCCUUACCCUGCAAGCAUCGCAGGAGUUAUACUGCCCUGUUAUUCCUGGGUUACCUGAUGAUGUGGCCAAGUUCUGUCUCACGCUUGUGCCCCGCAGAGACCUCCCUGUUAUAGGUGCUGUUUGUAAGAGAUGGAUGUCAUUCAUUAAAAGCAAGGAGUUCCUUGCUGUAAGGAAGGAGGCUGGAAAGCUUGAGGAGUGGGUGUAUGUCUUAACUGGUGAUGCUGAUGGAAGGGAGAACCAUUGGGAAGUAUUAGUUGGCUCUGGGGAAAAAGGCAAGGUGCUGCCCUCAAUGCCUGGUCCUGUCAAAGCUGGGUUUGGAGUUGUCGUUAUUGAUGCCAUCCUUUUCAUUAUUGCUGGUUACUCAGUUGACAUUGGGAAAGCAUGUGUUUCAAAUGAUGUUUAUCAGUAUGAUUCUCGUCUUAACAGAUGGAGCACAUUAGCCAAGAUGAAUGUUGCUCGCCAUGACUUUGCUUGUGCCGAGCUUAAUGGCAACAUAUAUGCUGUGGGUGGGUUUGAUUCUAAUGGUGACUGCUUAUCGAGUGUUGAAGUUUAUGACCCCAACAGAAAUAUGUGGACCUUAAUCGCAAGCCUUCGCUGCCCAAGGUGGGGUUGCUUUGCUUGCAGCUUUGAGGGCAAGCUUUAUGUAAUGGGUGGGCGUUCUAGCUUCACAAUCGGCAACUCCAGGUUUGUGAAUGUGUACAAUCCACAGCACCACUCAUGGUGCGAGAUGAAAAGUGGCUGUUUGAUGGUUACUGCACAUGCUGUGCUGGCCAAGAAGCUAUUCUGUUUCGAGUGGAAGAAUCAGCGGAAGUUGGCAAUAUACGAUCCGGCUGACAACUCAUGGCGUAAGAUCCCUGUGCCUGUUACAGGGAGCUCAGCCGUAGCAUUCCGCUUUGGGAUAUUUGAUGGCAAGUUACUGCUUUUCUCACUCGAGAAGGUACCGGGGUACCAGACACUGCUUUAUGAUCCUGAUGCUCCUGUAGGAUCUGAGUGGAAAACAUCUUCACUUAAGCCUUCUGGCUUGUGUUUGUGCAGUGUCACAAUCAAGGCAUAAUGGUCACAUGCUUAGGGUUCUGUGAAUGGUUGUUAUUGUACAUAUGUUCUUCACAUUGCAUAUGAGACCUGUUCUCCUAUUAUGUCAAUUAGGUCUAUGAACUCUGGAAUUCUUGACUGCAUAUUCCUGCAAGUUGUGGUGGAUUUUUAGUAGCAUUUGCCUCUUAUCUAUUGCAUAAAGUUGUUCAUGGUUGCACUCAA